UGUGCCCCCAUAGCUUUCCCGUUUAGAAUUCCUCAUAGGUCGCUAUCCUGUAUUUUUGUCAUGGUUUCUAGUCAGUUAUUCUCUGGCUAAUGCUAUCUUCCUUUCUUUCCCUUAUUCAAUUGACCCUUCUCACUCGGUUUCCGAGGACUUCUGCUCGGGGAUGCACUCCAACCAUUUAGUAACUAAAUGAUUAUUGAUUGAUAAUUUAAAUGAGGUGACCCCCCCUAAAUCCAGUUCCCUAACUAGACCCAUUUUCUUCCUGCCCAGAGCACUCGAUCAUUCGAUCGUUUAUGAAAACGAGAGGAAUGCUGUACACCCACUCCAACAUGCCACCCACACUUACCUCAGAGAACAUUGCCUGUCUCAGAUGUUCCGACGAUGAUCACAUUUUCUCUAUGUAAUAGGGAAAUUUGGAUGAGUUGGGCCAGAGCGACAAUGGUGAUCUGUUCUCAUCAUAGACGAGAAUUCCCGGCAUUGUUUCGCUUCGGGGCAAGGGCAACGAUGCUAAGCCUGGCGGCUUGUCUUUCUUUUAUUUUAUUUUAUCUUAUUUUUUUUAAUCCUCCCUCAUGUCUUUCACCCCUUUCGCGCUUGUCUUGCUGCAGGUCUCCUUCGGUUAUGCAUACAUAGUCCUGGAGCUCCUUAGACCAGUAGCUAAGUGUACAUUUAUCCGUCUAC